GACAGAAACACACACACAGACAGAAACACGCACACAGACAGAAACACGCACACAGACAGUAAAACACACAUGCACCUGAACAUGGAUGCACCCCAGCAAAUGCUCCCAGACACGCCCCUGGCCCCACCCCUGACCCCGCCCCUGGCCCCGCCCACAGAUGCUGAUGAGGAGACAGGAGACAACAUGGCCAUCCACUCUGCUGUGAUCGUGGUCAGAUGGGAUGGAUACAUCCUCCUGAGGUGUGUGAACCAGAAUCUCUCAGCAGCUCCACAUCCACCCAGCAGCUCCACAUCCACCCAGCAGCUCCACAUCCACCCAGCAGCUCCACAUCCACCCAGCAGCUCCACAUCCACCCAGCAGCUCCACAUCCACCCAGCAGCUCAGCUCCAACCUGGACAUCUCCAGAGCUCCGGGGUGAGGAGAGGGAGCAGUGAGACAGACCAGCAAGCCUCGCUGCCCCACCCCAGUCACUCUGCCGGUCUACCCCAGGUGAGGCCCCUCCACCUGGGCCCCCGGUCUCCCCAGGCUGCUCCAGGGGCCCCUGCAGGUCACCAGGCCCCCUCUGACUCCCGCCUCCUCCACACCAUGGAGGCUCUCUUCAGCUCCCUGGAGACAGACAGAUCCAUCUCUCCAUUCUACAUGAGUAGACACCUUUCUCCUGUUCACUGCCGACCAGACGUAGCAAAUAGGUUUCUAGAGAGAACCAUUCGCUCAGCUGUGGAGCAGCAUCUCUUCGACUCCUCGUCCUCCAGAGGUCAGAGUUCAGAGGACGACACGUCGCCCCCCCCCCCAGCCCCCCAACGCCCUCUAGCCCCCCGGCCCCCCCCAGCGCCCGCCAGCGUCACCGGCAGCAGAGGCAGCAGAGGCAGCAGGACAGGAGGCACGCCGACUGGCUCCCUGGAUCUCCGUCUCUGCUGCAGCAGAGCCCAGACAAGGAGAACCUCCUGUCUGUGUUGGGGGACGACAGGAAGGAAGAGCCAGUCCCCCUCCCCCUCUUCUCCAUUUCUCUUUCCUUCUUUCCCACCAGAUUCUCCCUUCUUUAGCGCCCCCUUCCUUGAUUUUAAAAGCUUUUUCCAUCAGAGUUACCAUGAGGAGCCAACCCCGGCCUACUCGUCGUGGCAGAGGGAGACAAUGGACCGUGACGAGGCCCGCCUCUCCCCUCACCCCGGGGGGCGCCUCAUCCGCCAGCUGGUGGAGGAGGAGGGAGACCCCAUGCUGUCGCCUCGCUCCUACGCCUACGGACACUGCCAGCACUACCUGGACGACACAGAGGUCCCACCCUCACCCCCCAACGCUCACUCCUUUGUCAGUCGCAGAAGGAGUUCCUCUCUGGGCUCCUGUGAUGAUGAGAGAGAGGAGCUGACCUCAGCACAGCUCUCCAAGAAGAUCCAUGGGCUGAAGAGGAAGAUCCGCAAGUACGAAGAGAAGUUUGAGGAUGAGCGCAAGUACAGGCCGUCUCACAGCGACAAGGCGGGUAACCCAGAGGUUCUGAGAUGGAUGAACGAACUGGCCAAGCUGCGAAAGGACCUGAAAGAGAGCAGGCUGAUGAAGUCUGAGGAGGACUUGCCCCCCCUGACGCGCCAGCGCAGUAACACCCUCCCCAAGAGCUUCGGCUCCCAGCUGGAGAAGAAGCCCCCCCAGGAGCGUCCCCCCCUGCCCCCAGUGGAGGGCACCCUGGGGGCCGUGCAGAGCCGGCUGCAGGAGAAAAGGGGGGAGGUGGGCCGGCCUGACGACAUCAAGGAUAUGACACGCGAGCAGAUCGGAGCAGAGAAAGUGGCACUCCAGAAGGCUCUUCUCUACUAUGAGGGCAUCCAUGGACGACCAAUCACCAAGAGCGAGAGGCUGAUCAUGAAGCCUCUGUAUGAUCGAUACCGCCUGGUCAAACAGAUACUCUGCAGAGCUUCCACAAUCCCAGUCAUCGGUUCCCCAUCCAGCAAGCGCAGGGGCCCCCAGCUACAGCCCAUAAUAGAGGGCGUUCCCGCUCUCUUCUUCGACGACAUCAAGGAGGAGGAGGACGGCUCGGAGGACGAGGGGGAUUUCCAGCCUCCGUCCUGCGUGCCGGAGCAUCCUGAUCUCAGCAUGCUGGGGUUCCUGGAGCAGCUGGAGGAGGAAGGCUUCAUCUCCCCCGUGGAUGAACUGUCGCCCUCCAGAAGCACCACCGACAUGAGGCUGUCCAACCUGCACUCGGCCACCAUGGAGGAGCUCGUCGUGCAGCUGCAGGAGGCCAGGGAGGAGAAGAAGAGGAUACGCAAAAACCUCAGAGAGUUUGAGGACCAGUUCUUCAGGCAAAACGGAAGAAACGUGCAGAAGGAAGACCGCUCCCCAUUGGCUGUCGAGUAUAACGAGUAUAAGCAUGUCAAGGCCAAGCUCCGCCUGCUGGAAGUGCUCAUCAGCAAGAGAGACUCUUCCAAGUUCAUCUAAACACGGAUAAACAACCAUGAGGACUAACUACAGAGACUCUAUCUUGAGAUGGACAACCCGUGAAUACCAAGCCUCCAUAAAGACAGAACGUUCAAGAUAUUUUUCUUUCGUUUGUUUCUUUCAUUAACCCUCCUUUCCUUUUUUUCUCCUGCCAUCUGUGUUGUUCACACGUUUGGCUUAAACAGCCCGCUAGCUGCGUGGCUAAUCCCCGCUAGCUGCGUGGCUAAUCCCCACUAGCUGCGUGGCUAAUCCUCGCUAGCUGCGUGGCUAAUCCUCGAUAGCUGCGUGGCUAAUCCUCGAUAGCUGCGUGGCUAAUCCUCGCUAGCUGCGUGGCUAAUCCCCGCUAGCUGCGUGGCUAAUCCGUACCGUGGAGAUCUCCUUGGUUUCCCUUUCUGGGAGCCAGGAGUCUGGUGGGAUGUGUCCUGACAGGAAGUGAUGACAGCAGUCUGGUGGGAUGUGUCCUGACAGGAAGUGAUGACAGCAGUGUGGUGGGAUACGUCCUGACAGGAAGUGAUGGAGAGCUCCAUGUUGCUGUUUCCAACUCCCAAACAGAGCUGCCACUUUCAAAAAGUCUGCCGUCUUGGCAAGAGACUGUGUCAGUUGGACAGCAAGCUGGACGAAACAUCAGUUAAUUUGAUUUGCAACACACAAAAGUGUUUUGUAUUAUUUAUUUUCAUCCCAUGAAUGUUUUAAUUGUUACUGAUAGUUUUUCCAUCAAAGCAGAGAGAAUGUUUAUUUUUCUUGGGGGUUUUGGAUUUAACUCUUAAUAUGUAUGAAUCAUAUUUUUCUUUUACAGAUUUUAUAAUCAAAGAAAGUAAGAGGGCUGUUGCAUAGUUUUGUAAGGAAGACAGUUACAAUCAGAACAAAUCAAACUGUUAAAAACGUUUUACUUCCUCAUGAUAAAUGCCAAGCUUAUCUGAAAUGAAAUAAUGUUAACCGAGGAAACAUAACAUUCUUGACAUAAUUGUUUUUUUACAUCUAACAAAAAUUAACCAAAAGCAGCAUUGAUUUGUAGAAGAAUGCAGAACAAGUAUUCUUGUAGGACGAGUGUGAUCCAAAGACAAGACUUGGAUGAUUUCAUACCAAAAUAGCAUAGUCAUAGUGCAUCAAUGUAUACAUUAUCAUAGCUUAGUUCUUGUGAUCACUGGUUGCUAAGGUUAUGCGUUCGACUUCCUUUUUCUUUGUGUUGUUUCUUUCACUUGGUGUAAAAUCAGCUGUUUUCUGUCCCAGUAUGUUUUAAGGGGUCGUAAACCAUCUCUGAUCCUUCAGCCUGACACCCUGUUCUCAUCUUCAGUCUGUUCCUUGUAAAUAUAGAUCUCAAUCUGUGUUUGCAUUGCAAAAUAAGCAAGUACAUAUUUUUUUGUCUCCAAAAUUGAUAGUUUUUGACAGUGUGACUUUCGUUUUUAUUGAAUGUAAACACUGGUGGACAUAAUGAAUUUGGGUGUGUACAUUUUAGUACAUAAAUUGUAUUUGUAUUUUGUAUAUAUUAUAUAAAACCAGACAUAUUUUUACUGACUUGGUGGUGAUGGGUUUUCACUGGUGUGGUGUGUGUUGGUGGUUGCAUGAUUCACCUUUAAUUUUAGUUACGUUUAUAAUUUUCCAGAGAUAAAAAUGUCACAUUUCACUAAAACACGACAUGGUGGUAUGAGGUGAAAUUGAAUUUUAUUUGCUCAGGAAAAAAAUAUAAGGACAAAUAAUGUCAUCCAUUUAAAAAGGUACAAAAGUAAAUUUAUACUCAAAACAAGCCAGUUACAGCCACUAAUAAGCCCUUGAGUUUGCAUACAUUGACCAAAAAACAAGAUUGGUUGGAAUUAUGAUUAUUGAUCUCUUCCCACAUAUCCAGCUGCAGAACAACACGGUAAGAAGGAAGAUGAAACAAUCUCCUCAUGAUGUCAAACUGGUAGAGCGGCAGGCAGAGUUGCACACUGUCCAGCCACUAAACUCAAACUCAAAUCAGAACGGUCGAGGUCAUAGACUAAAAAGAACUUCGCAAACACAUGCAUCUUUACAGUUUCACACCGCGCGACAUUGGAUAACAUCAUUCUAUGUUGAUGUUUACGGGCCAGCCUGAGUUAAUCAAAUAAAAACGAUUACAACCUAACAAACCCUCUUAAUCACUUGUUAAAAACAUCAGGAUUAAUUUAAUACACUGAAUGAACAGGAAUGAAAAUAAACACGGCAGCUUGACAAUGGCGCGUGGGCAGAAAACUUCCAACAUUCUGAUGACCUUUAGGACAGGACAUGUCGUCAUGACAACACUAUCUGGCGCUGCAGUGGCUUAAUUCCUUAUUGCUAAUUAGAUGUCCUGUGCGGAUCUGCUCGUUAUAGCCAAUUAAACCAAGAAAAUCAAACCCAUCUCUCUGAACAAAUAUGAGUCAACGUUCGGUAGGGACAGUAUCCGCAGAAACAGAUUGGUUAUUCGGCUGAGUCAUCCGCUAGCUAGAAAACUAGUCAUUAGGCCUACCUACCCAUUACCCACUAAUACCCACGUGGUACAGACGGACAUGAUUUGAUACCAAUCUGCCAAUCCGGAUCCGUGGGAUCAGAGUAAUUGGGAUUAGUAUUUUUUGUUGUUGUUUGUUUAGAUUUAAUGGAUGACCAAGCGUUUGCGAGACCUACAUAGGUGCGCACACAAAGGCGACAUGCAAAACUAUUAUUUUUAAUUUCGUUUUUACAAAAUUAAAUGUUGUUUUUAAAUGUAGUUUCAGUCGUGUUUGCUUCGGAUGUUCUAUCCAUCUCUCGAUGUGCAUGUGGGUUUGGGGAUUAAACAUUAGAACAGUGUUUAUUUAUCUGGUCCUUGAUUAGAAGGCUCGCUACUCUCGCUGUAUUUAAACUGACCUCCACUGGCACAGCAGGAGACUGGCCCAGUCGGGUCAGGGGUCAGGGGCCAAGUUCCGGGUUGUAGUUUAAUGUAAGGGUAUAAUGUCAGGAAUUGACAGGAAUUUAUCUACAUUCCACUAGAAGAAUUAUCUGCCCCUAAAAACAUACCUGCCACAAAAA